GAAAAUUCUCUCCACCGUACACCGUCAAUCUCUUACCUCUCAUUUCACACGGAAACUAUUCUUUUUGUUUCCCUAUAAGAUAGAUAGAAGUAGAGAGCGAAGCAAGCAGAUUCAAAUCAGUAUCACAGGUCAAAGAAAAGAUGGAGAGCAGAAUCUCAGCAGAAGUGAAGAUCAAGCUUGGUUUCCUCUUCUGCAUCCUUGUGCUGGCCAUCACUUCCUCAGCGGGUGGUGCAGGUGCAGCGGCGGCGGCGGAGAUGAGGAACAACAGUGGAGGUAAUGAGAGUGCGGUGGUGCCAGAUUCUGACGAGGAGUAUUGCCGACUUGUGGUAUGCAAAGGGCUGAACUGCGGCAAGGUGUACGCAGCCGACGGAACUUGUUGGUGUGUUCUCAAGCAAGGCCCACUCGUCGCUUUGCCUUGCGCCUAUUAGCUACCUACUUGAUAAUGGGCUGCAACUGUUAAUGAAUAACCAGCAGAGAACUUGAGCUAGCUAGCUCGUGCGCGCAAUGACUGGUUCUACAGUUUGUAAUCGUUUUAAUUGCAAUCAAAUGAAUUACCUCUAUUAACUACGCCACCUAACCAGUUGAAUUCAAAUUAUCUAUUAAGACAUAUAUGCAUCAAUGAUGUUAAGGGAGACUUGAG